AUGGCCCAAUUGCUCUCGCAUAGCCUCCUAGCUCGGGGGCUUCCCCUGAUCGCACAUGAGCAAGACUCCAAACCAUGGAACUUCUCCAACCGCAAAUACUACGACAUUACUCCACCGAGCGAAGUCUCAGAGACAGAAGGGGGUAUUCAACCUACUGAGACAGAGUCAAUCGACUUAACAACGGAGCCUCUUGUCGCUGUCAUUGGAGUUGGCUAUGUCGGCGAGCACCUUGUUGGAGUCUUUUCCAAGAACUUCAAUGUGCUUGGAUACGACGUCUCUGAAGCUCGAACGCAGCAACUGGCUCAGAAACAAACGGCCGAGAGCAGAGUGCGGUUCACCUCCAAGGCAUGUGAUCUUGCAGAUGCCACCCACUUUCUCAUCUCGGUGCCAACCCUGUUGCUUCCUGACAAGACCAUCGACUCUUCCUAUCUCAAGAGCGCUCUUUCAUCCGUUGGCCUCUAUGCCCGUCGAGGCGCGGUCGUGGUCGUCGAGAGUUCUGUGGCUGUCGGAAUGACACGCGAGCUGCUUGGCCCGCUCGCCAAAGAAAGGGGAUUCUUUGCCGGCAUGUCGCCAGAGCGCGUCGAUCCUGGCCGUGUCGAGCCGCCGGCUCACUCCAUACCAAAGAUUGUUUCGGGGCUCGACGAUGUAGUGCCAGGCUCGCUUGACGCCAUCCUCCGGCUCUAUUCGCAAAGCUUCGAUCAAGUUGUCCCGGUCUCGCGUCCAGAGGUUGCCGAAAUGAUGAAGCUGUAUGAGAACUGCCAGCGUAUGGUCUGCAUCGCCUAUGCCAACGAGAUGGCAGAUGCCUGCCUUGGGCACGGCAUUGACCCCUACGAGGUGUGUCGGGCAGCUUCAACCAAGCCCUUUGGCUACCAGCCCUUCUCUCCCGGACUUGGUGUUGGAGGACACUGUAUUCCUGUCAAUCCGUGGUAUCUACUCUCCAACAGUAGUUUCCCUCUUCUUCGAACCGCGGCUGAGAAGAUGCAUACCCGUCCCGCGGAAAUUGCCCGCCGCGCUGUCGAUCGUCUCUACAGCGAAAGCCGUGAAGGAAUGCGGCCGCGGGUCUUGGUCGUCGGCAUCGGCUUCAAACGAGGGCAGUCCCAUCUCGCAAACUCCCCUUGCCUCGAACUUGCAAAGAGCCUGGUGUUGACCGAGAAGGUUGAUGUCACCUGGGCAGAUCCAUUGGUCUCACAGGACGCGAUCCCUCAGAUCACGCGUUUAUCCGAGAGCGAUUGGACAGCUGAAGCGUUGGGGCGCCUCUUUGACAUGAUUAUCGUUUCUUUCCGUCAAGAUGGUCUUGAUUUCGAUGUGUUGGAUCGUGUCCAAGGCGUGCAUGUUGAGCAGUGGUGUGUUUGA